ACAGAUGGGGGGGGGGGGGGGUGGGGAGAGGGAGGGAGAGGGUGCGUGUGUGGGGCGGGCCCUGUAAUUUGGGAUUUCUCCGUCCUGCCACGGCGAGCCGUCUGACAGUCCAGCUCUCCGGCAGCCGGAGAUCGCAGCAGAAGGGAGGAACGAGGCUCCUGAGCGUGCGGGCGCCGGGUUCGACGGGGAUCUGCCGAGAGAGAGCUGCUCCUCUCAUCCAGAAGCGACCAAGUGUCGGAGUCUGCGAGCUGCAACCAUGGGGGUUCUGGGACCGCUGCUCCUCCUGGUCCACCUGGGGAUGGUCCUGACGGGGAACGGGAGACCCUCUCAGCCUCGCCUGCGGUUCAGCCACGCAGAGCUGGUGAAGAACGGCCGUCUGCUCACGUUGCCGCUCCCGGCGGGGGACCUGCACUCCCUGCUCGUAGAUGAAGACGGCAGGCGCCUCUACGCGGCUAUGAAGGACAACCUGCUGGCCACGAGCCUGGAUGACAUCACCCAAGGUCCCCGCAAGAUCUACUGGCCCGCCAGCCCAGAUCGGAUCCAAGAAUGUCUGAUGGCCGGGAAGGAUCCGGAGACGGAGUGCGCCAACUUCCUGCGGGUGUUACAGCCUUACAACCACACCCACCUCUACGUCUGCGGGACGGGGGCCUUCAACCCGAGAUGCGCUUUCAUUCCCACGGCGGUUUUCUUCAAGGGUGACAGACAGGCGGUGUCUCCUGGGCAGACAGAGUGCGGGAAGGGCAAGUGUCCAUACGAGCCGCACCAGAGGACUGCCUCGGCCAUCAUAGACGGAGAGCUGUACGCCGGAAUCUCCUCCGACUUUAUGGGCCGGGACACGGCGUUCUUCCGCAGCCUGGGCAGCCGUCACGUGAUCCGAACGGAGCAGUACGAGUCCACCUGGCUGCAGGACGCCCAGUUUGUCAAAGUGGCGGCGAUCCCGGAGAGCGACAACCCCGAGGACGACAAGGUGUACAUGUUCUUCACGGAGCGAGCUCAGGAGGCGGAAGGGGGUGCCGGGAAGGUUCUCUACUCCAGAGUGGCGCGUGUUUGCAAGAAUGACAUAGGAGGCCAGCGUAGUCUGGUGAACAAAUGGAGCACCUUCCAGAAAGCCCGCCUGGUGUGCUCCAUCCCGGGGGAAGACGGCAUCCAAACGCACUUCGACCAGCUGCAGGACAUCUUCCUGCUGCACGGGAAGGACAAGAUGAGCCCUCUCAUCUACGGCCUCUUCGCCACCACCAGUAACGUGCUGAACGGAUCAGCGGUCUGCGUGUACCGAAUGCAGGACAUCAUCCGGACCUUCAAGGGUCGCUUCUCCCACAAGGAGGGCCCGCAGUACAAGUGGGCCGAGUUCACGGGCAGGGUGCCUUACCCACGCCCCGGGACGUGUCCCAGCAGCACAUACGGCAACCACCUCUCCACCCGCGACUACCCCGACGACGUUAUCUUCUUCAGUCGAACUCACCCUCUCAUGCUGGAGGAGGUGUACCCUGUAGGGGAGCGCCCCCUGCUGGUGAGGGUGGGCGUGCCCUACAAGUUCACCUGUCUGGGGGUGGACCGCGUGGAGGCCGUGGAUGGCCAGUACGACGUCCUGUUUGUAGGCACAGACUCGGGCGAGGUGCUGAAGUCCAUCCACGUGCCCAGGGAGCAGCCUGGAGGCCAGGAGGUGAUCCUGGAGCAGCUGCAGGUCUUUAAGGGCAAGUCGCCCAUCAGCGCUAUGGCCAUGUCUAAGAAAAGGCAGUGGCUCUUUGUGGGCUCCUCCGAGGGUGUGGCCCAGCUGGCCCUCUUCCAGUGUGAGCUGUACGGUCAGGCCUGCGCGGAGUGCUGCCUCGCCAGGGACCCCUACUGCACGUGGGACGGACACGCCUGCAGCCCCUUCGUGGCCACGGCACGCAGGAGGAACGCACGUCAGGUCGGUGACGCCGGAGACCCGCUGAUGCAGUGCGUCCGGCAAGGAGGUGGUGCCGGGGGAGCAGCUUGUGACGAUCGACAGGGGGCUUCUGAUCCGACGGGCGGAGCUGUCCCACUCGGGGGUGUACCACUGCCAGCUGGAGGAGCACGGCUUCCACUGGACUGCCGUCAUCGUGAAGCUCGGCGUGGUGAGCCCCUCCUCCGCGGGACUGCCCUUCCAGGACGCCCUGGCCCUGGGGCAGCGCUGCGCGGAGCUCUCCAGCCGCCCUUACCAGGACAGGGGCCGCAAGAAAGGAGGCGACUCGGGCGGCCAGAAGCAGAAAAACCACGGGAAAGGCCGCGGAGGAGGAGGAGGAGUAGGAGGAGUAGGAGGACGGGGGAGGAAGAGCAGGAGCAAAGCUCACACCCCUGGGCCACGGCUGCCGCGCAGUGCCUAGAGAGACACAUGUUCUCACGCGCGAUCUUGCUUUGGCUCUCCCCGUACGCACACACACACACACACACACACACACACACAUGAUGUGGCUAUAGGGGCCAUUCUGUCCGAGCAGCGUAGAGACGGACAAGGGCAGAAAGGAACUUAUACACAUGUAAUAUUUAUUAGAGACGUGACAUUAUGUCGCCUGCUACUGGGGACACGGCGUUUGCUGAUGGACCAUGUAGCGGAGUUCAUCCGGAGCAAAGGAUCAUGGGAGACUUGUCUGAAGGACCGGAGACAAAGUGGGGGGGGGAUGUCGGAAUAAGUGAGGGUGCUCCUCAAGGACUCUUCCAAUGCCAUCACUUCUAGGGCAGAGGACAAGUCCUCAAAGAUUUAAAAAAAAAAAAAAAUGUAUAUUGCUAUCCUAACAUUUAGAAUGUAUGAACAUUUUUCCCUCUGUUUUCAGGGUUUGGUUUGCUACUUUCACAACGCAGUCGAGCCGCACACCUUUCUUCGGGGAUCUUGGAUCCUCCUCCUUAGUUUUUCAGUUAAUUUAUUUUUCAGCAAAUGUUCAUCAUAAAACUCUGCAUGAAUCGAGGUGUCUCCUUGGAACCCGGUAUCGGGAUAUUACGUAAAUUGGCCUGAACCGGUUUCAAGUGGUAUUUACUGGGCACCUGCGGACCUGAACUGAGCUGAGCAGACACGGCGCUAAGUUUGUGAACUUGGCGAGGUUAUCGAUAAACGUGGGAACAAUGAAUGCUGAAACGCUGAUAAAUCGAUGCACUGUUGAAGGACUGAUCGGAGAAAAAAAUCAUAUCAUAAUGUAAAAAUAUUCCACUCUUCUGUUAGUGCAGAACAUUUAUAUUGAAUAUUUAACUUACAAGCAUAGAUGAGACUGAGCAUGUUAUUACUUCCGUGCUUGUUAUGUACUGCAAUGAGCCUGUUCUUCCUGUAUUGAUAUUAUUGUUGACUGAUGACUGUUGUGAAACUGAUGAGCGAGGCCUCCUGUUCAAGCUACGAUCGGAGCCCUGCGAGCGGCUUGGGACCGGAGGACGGUCUGGGUACGUGCGGGGCUUCGGAUGGGAACGUUUUAUUUUUUGCGCCGUGGAGAUUUAUAGCGGCAGUUCACCUCGAGGUGCGAGAUGGUCAGACCCGCUAUGUAUUGAUGUACAGUAUGCGUUAUGCCACCGUUUUAUACACGAUUUUAUCAUUUUUUUCCAUGCGCUUACGGAACAGAUUGUUGUUGAGAUGCCCUGUAUUUAAUACCCUAUUUCCCUACAGACAUUCCUCUUUUUGGUACAUUUCCUAAAAGUAAACUCAGUCUUACUGAGGUUGUCAGAAGAUCCAUGGUUAAUUCACACAUAGUUAUAACCAGUCACACACACACACUGACUGAAACCACUUGUCCCAAGCGGGGUCACGGUGAGCCGGAGCCU